CGUUGCGCUGGCCCAAUUUGGCGCGGCUGCGCUUGGCAGAGCUACCCAUCCAUAGCUAUGCUAGGCCGACCGUCGAAGAAGAGGUGGACACAGGAUAUGACGAAUGCGUUCAAAAUGGCAGCGCUGCUAUCCUGCGUUUCCAAGUGCAAAGCGGGGCUUUUGGAUCCCGGUCCGUUCCUUCUCCUGUCGUCGCUGAGGUUUGCAUCCAAAAAGGCUGGUGGGAGCAGCAAGAAUCAUGGCGGGAAGAGCCCUGGGAAGAGAUACGGCCUCAAGAAGCAAGAUGGAAACUUUGUCCAUGCUGGCAACAUCGUGGCAACACAGAGGCUGCUGAGGUAUCACCCAGGAGCCCAUGUUGGGAUGGGAACCAAUAAUACUCUUUAUGCUCUUGAGGAUGGUUACAUCAGGCUCACCAAGGAGGUCUACACUCCCCCCCCUCGCAGUCUGGAAGCUAGCCAAAUCAUUACCAAACUUGCCAAAGGAACUUUACUUUACAAAACCUUCAUCAACAUUAUUCCAAUCAAGCAAGAGCCCGCCUUCAAACUGCUUCGCAUGGUCUAAACCUGAUGUGGAUGUAGUUCUCGCGUGAGGAUCGAACAGUGCGUUUUGGAAGAAUGCUACAAGACUGAAUAUACAAAUUUCUUUUACAGUGGACUGCCCCAAAAUUUGUACUAAUUAUUCAAGAUGAACCACAUUUUGUGAAAAAAAAAAAAAAUCACACCAUGCAAAACUCCAUCUUACUGAGCAUGGAUUGGAUUCAUUCUGCAAGUGUGUUGGUUUUUCAAUUGAUUUAUUCAUUUUGUUUUAUGACAAGGGUGUCAAAUUCUAUUCUGUUUCACUCACUCAUUAUGAUUGACAAAUUGAUGUAUAAUUUGUUUAGAAAUCAGAGGUCAAGGAUAAUCGUUUGUUCAACAGUUGUUCAAGCUACUGUAAAAAGUGGUUUGGCAACCCCAAAAUGCUUGCAAUAUCUGAAUAUUUAUUAAAUAUGCUGAUGUGAAA